AUGGCUGCUAGUGCUCCAGGAGAAAGGUCUCUGCAACAGACACCUACAUGGGCUAUCGCGGUUGUAUGUGCUGGAUUUGUGACUCUAUCUUUGUUAAUAGAACAUGGAAUUCAUUCCAUUGGAAAGUGGUUUCAGAAACGCAGGAAGAAGGCCAUGAGUGAAGCCCUGGAGAAAAUUAAAGCUGACCCAGCAAGAUUUAGGUUCGCUGACUCUGGCUUCUCAACCACGCCUGGAGUCACAUGGAUUGUAAGCUUAACAUACAGCCACCCAACCAAGCACGCUAUGCGUGAUUGUCGGAUUGGAAUUGGCUGCAAUAAAUUCUUUCAUUCUGUGUCAAAGGUGGACUAUUUGACCAUGCGUCAUGGAUUUAUAAAUGCACAUUUCGCUUCAAACAGUAAAUUUAAUUUCCAUAAGUAUAUUAAAAGAUCCUAUAUGGAAGAUGAUUUUAAAAUGGUCGUGGGAAUCAGUAUUCCUCUAUGGAUUUUUGCCCUCAUCUUAGUGCUUCUCAAUGUCUACAAAUGGUACACGCUCGCCUGCGUGUCAUUAGCACCCCUCUUUAUACUUCUACUGGUGGGCACGAAGCUUGAACUUAUCAUUAUAGAGAUGGCUCAAGAAAUUCAAGAUCGAGCUACGGGAGCUCCAGUGGUAGAGCCAAGCAACAAGUACUUUUGGUUUAAUCGACCCCAGUGGAUUCUUUUCUUGAUUCAUUUUACCUUGUUCCAGAAUGCUUUCCAAAUGGCAUAUUUUUUUGUGGAUUUGUAUGCCCAGCAUGAGUUUGGGAUCACACCAUGUUUCCAAGAAAACUUGCCUGCAACACUGACGAGGAUUUCCCUUGGAGUAGCCCUUCUGUUCCUAUGCAGCUAUAUCACCUUCCCUCUCUAUGCCUUGAUGGGAUCUCAUAUGAAGAAAGCUAUAUUUGAGGAACAAACAGCAAAGGCUCUCAAGAAAUGGCAGCAGGCUGCAAAGGAUAGAAGGAAGUUGAUCAGGAAAGGUGGAGUAGUAGAUAGUCCUUCAGGGUUUAUGAGUGGAGAAAACACACCAAGCCGGGGAACAUCACCCUUGCAUUUGCUCCACAAGUGCCGGCCGUCCAAUAAAUCAGACAUUGAAGGUGCUUUCAGUUCCCCAAGAUCUUACCACUCUGAUGCUGACCUUUCAGAGAUUGAGGGUUCCAUGACUGACAGGCAUGAUUCAAGAAGACAAGAUCAACCAGCUGGAGCAAAUGAAGAAUCACACACCAUUGAUUUUACCUUUGGUUAA